AAAUGGCCGACGACACUACGCCUUUAUUGACAGAGCAACUAAAUUCAAAUGUUUCAUUAAGAUCUCAGACUAGUAGCAAAGAAUUUUCAGGAUCAGAAAACAUCGAUUACCGAAGGAUUAAACCUAAUGAGAAGUCAUCAAAAUCUCAUUUAGCACUUGCAAUUAUAGCUUGCAUUCUGGGAAGUCCUUUACAAAUCGGUCUAAAUACUGCCAUACUGAAUGCACCAGAAGAGGUUAUCAAAGAGUUCUACAAUGAAACCUACUUUGAUAGGUACAAUGAUUUCAUGUCAGACUCGCUGCUUACCAUGCUGUGGGCAAUAACAGUGGCCUUUUUUUGUGUGGGUGGCAUGCUUGGGGGAGUUUCUGCAGCAUACUUUGCAGGGAAGUAUGGAAGAAAAAGUACUCUACUCUUGAAUAAUGCUGUUGCCUUUACCUGUGCUGCUCUACAAGGCUGCAGCAAAGUCUCCAAGUCUUUUGAGAUGUUGAUUGCUGGACGUGUUGUGGCUGGCAUUUGUUGUGGUUUGAAUUCUGCUGUGGCUCCUUUGUAUUUAGCUGAGAUCUCACCCGUCUCUCUUCGAGGCUUUUGCGGAACUUGCAAUCAGCUGUCUAUUACACUCGGUGUUCUUAUAGGAGAAGUAAUAGGAAUGAAACAGCUGCUCGGAACUGAGGCGUUCUGGCCAAUAUUAGUUGCUAGUCCAGCCAUUCCUGCAAUCUACAGCCUUGCAACCUUGACCUUUUGUCCAGAAUCUCCUAAAUAUCUGCUUGUGAAUAAAGGCGAUGAUGAUGCAGCCGAAGCAGCUUUGAUUUGGUUAAGAAAAACCCAAGAUGUGUCUGAAGAGAUGGAGGCCAUGAGGAAAGAACGUGUGGAACUCAGGAACUCACCAAAAUUCAGUGUUAUGGACCUUUGGAGGACCAGUGAGUUACGGUGGCCACUGAUCAUCUGUAUAGUACUACAAAUGUCUCAGCAGUUCUCUGGCAUCAACGCUGUGAUUUAUUACUCGACUAGUAUCUUCGGUUCCGCUGGACUCAGUAAAGAAUCUUCACAGUAUGCAACAGUCGGUACAGGAGCGGUCAAUGUCAUGAUGACCUUUGUCUCUGCUCUGAUCAUGGACCGAGCAGGCAGGAGAACUCUACACAUGAUUGGUCUAGGGGGCAUGUGCAUUUUUUCAAUUGUAUUAGUUGUCUGCCUUUCGUUACAGUCCACACUGCCCUGGCUUUCUUAUAUAAGCAUUGUUGCUGUUAUCAUCUACAUUAUUUUCUUCGCCACUGGACCAGGGGCCAUACCGUGGUUCAUGGUUGCGGAGAUGUUUGCCCAGAGUCCGAGAACAGCUGCAGUCGGUGUUUCUGUGGUGGUCAAUUGGCUGUGUAACUUUACUGUCGGCAUAGUGUUUCCUGUUCUACAGAAAGCAAUAGAAACAUAUUCCUUUCUGCCUUUCUCCGUCAUGCUGUUGUUGUUCUUCAUCUUCACCUACAUGUUUGUCCCAGAGACCAAAGGCAAAAGUAUUUCUGAGAUUACCCGGCUGUUUAAAUCCCCCACGGUUGGCAGCUCUGUUAAUGAUCUUCCAGAGUCUGACAUUUCUUAUGAGAGUCUCAAGAACAGGUACAGUACCCAAGUCUUGAUCAUCGACCCACCUGGCAUAGACGAGACUCCUGAGUAUUCUAUCCAGACAAGUGGUAGGUCAGAAAAAGUGGAAUUCCAGUAGAUCGGUAUGCAGUGCGAUCCAGUUCAAACUGGUAUUGCCUUUAAGUAUUUUGUAAUUAGCUCAGAUUUUAUGAUACAAAGUAAUUUUUGUGUGCAACUUAAUUUAACCACAGGGCUUUCUCAAUAAUUCUUCAAGUAAUAUAAUUCUCUUGUAUGUAAAUAUUUGUACAAUGUAACGGUAUGAUUUAUAUAUUCAGCAUCACCACAGAUGCACUACAGAAAUGUACAUUAUUUAUAAUAAUGUGAUGUUACUGCAUCCUUCAGGUUGUGAUGCCAAUUAAGGUGAUUUAUUAUUUACGUAAUUGGAAUUAUUCGGCAAUAUUUGCUUAAAGCUAGAAUAAGCCUUUCUUGUAUUAGUGUAACAAAUUGAA